CACCUGAAGAAAUCAAUUCCCCUCGUCUCAUCCCGUUCCCCAUUUCCCCGCCGCCCAUUCCCCAUUUCCCCGCCGCCGGCGCCAGGCCAUCUCCGGUCGCCCACCACCUUCGCCGCGCGACCACAGUCGACCGGUGAGCUACCGCAUCCUUCCCAUGGCCUGGAAGCUUGGCUACGCAGCCCCUCCACAAACCCUAGCCGAGGCUCAUCAAGGCCCCUGUUUUUCGAUCCAAUUUCGAUUCUUUUCGACGGCGGCUGCACAAAUCCUCGCCGGCGCCGUCGUCCAGCUCACCGGAGGAGGAGGGUCUGCCGGUCGCCGCGCUCGUGGCCGGCAGCUGCCCAGCGCAGCACCCGAGCCCAGCGCAGCGCCCGCGUCCGCCUCAGUCUGGCUUCCUGCGUGCUCCCGGUCGCUGCGGUCCCUCCCCGAUGUUGGUUCUCCGUUCUCGCGCCUGCAGGAGCCCGCGUGAGCGUCCGCUCCUUCCUCUCCGCGCGAGUGCGCCUCCUCCACAACAGCCUGGGAGCUGCUGCUCCCUGUCCAAUCCGUCGCCAAGGCCCGAGCCUGCCACGGAGGAGCCAGGGGAGUUCGCCUCGUCUGCCUCACGGGAUUCAUUCACCGGGCUUCCCUCAACAGGCAAGGCAAAUGGGUCCCUGGAAGCAGCUACACGGACUGCACUUGCUAGCUCCCAGACAAGGUCCGAGGAGGAGCAGUUAGUGGAGAAGCACACAAACAUCGCCGCAACUGGUACGACAACUAAUCUGAUUGUUACCUUACUAUGGAAACUAUAUUGGAAACUUGCUUUAAGGGAAACUAUAUUGGAAACUUGCUUUAACUGUGGGGAGGAAGGCAUGUUUGGUCCUUCUUCUUACAUGACCAUCCUGCUGUUUGUGCACUCCUUGCAGAACAUCUCACUUUCAGUCAAUGACCUGAUGUCUGUGGUUUUCUGUGUGGUCAAGGCUGUAAUGGAGGAUACCCUAUCAGUGCAUGGCGCUACUUCCGUCGGAGUGGUGUUGUGA